UAUGCCUAACGCUUGUCACCUAAAAGCUGCCGUUUUGCCCGCGUGGAUGUAAAAUGAGCAGCACGGAGACUCAUGAUUCGGGAGAGCAGCCCUGCAUUCGCCUGGAACACCUACCGGGCAAGAGCACGCACCUAGAGGGCAAGGCGUCUCCGCAGGUGAACAACCGCUGGGAUGUGCCACAAGUGACUGCCAACGGGAUGCAUGACAUCGAGGACCGAAUUUUACGAAUCACCGGCUAUUACGGUUAUAACCCCGGAUACUCCAGCCACAGAAGAGAGGAUGGCUCAGAAUCGCAAGCAGAAACUCCAGUCAGUGAAACCAGUGGAGAUGGCACUGCAUAUCAGACCUGCGCCAACACUAUACUCAAGGUGCUGGGAGGCCUGCUGGUGGUCUUGUGCGUCUCCUCGUCCUGGGUUGGCACCACACAGAUGGUAAAGCUCACGUUCAAGUCCUUUUCCUGUCCUUUUUUCAUCACCUGGUUUAGCACCAACUGGAACAUCCUCUUCUUCCCCCUCUACUACACUGGGCACGUGGCCACCACCAGAGAGAAGCAGACACCCAUUCAGAAAUUCAGGGAAUGUAGUCGCUUGUUCGGGGAGGAUGGAAUGUCUCUAAUGGUAUUUCUGAAGAGAACAGCACCUUUCUCUAUCUUGUGGAUGCUGACAAACUAUCUGUACCUGUUGGCGCUGAGAAAACUAACUGCCACAGACGUCUCAGCGCUCUACUGCUGCCACAAGGCCUUUGUCUUCCUCCUGUCGUGGAUCGUCCUGAAAGAUCGUUUCAUGGGUGUGCGGAUUGUGGCUGCCAUUAUGGCCAUCACGGGCAUUGUCAUGAUGGCAUAUGCUGAUGGUUUCCAUGGGGAUUCCUUUAUGGGUGUGGCCUUAGCUGUUGGCUCCGCCUCCACUUCAGCUCUCUACAAGGUGCUGUUUAAGUUGUUCCUCGGCAGUGCCAAUCUGGGCGAGGUGGCUCAUUUCUUCUCUACAAUGGGUUUCUUCAACCUCAUCUUUAUCUCCUGUGUUCCCCUCAUCCUCUACUUUACCAGAGUGGAGCACUGGGGCUCACUCUCAUCUCUACCCUGGGGUUAUAUGUGUGGUGUGGCCGGCCUUUGGCUAGUAUUUAACAUACUGGUCAAUGUUGGAGUGGUGCUCACAUAUCCUAUUCUCAUAUCUAUCGGAACAUUACUCAGUGUUCCUGGCAAUGCAGCCAUUGACGUGUUGAAGCACGAGGUGAUCUUCAGCAUGGUGCGUCUGGCUGCCACCUGCAUCAUCUGCCUGGGCUUCCUGCUGCUCCUGCUCCCUGAAGAGUGGGACACAGUCACCCUGCGCUUCCUCACUGCACUGGCUGACAAAAAAACGGAGGAGCACGGCGAGGAGCUCACCGAGUCCAGCAUUCACACACGCAGCCGGAGUAGAGCCAACGGAGCCAUAUCGAUCCCUUUGGCAUGACCUUUUAACCUGUCAGAGACCUAGGAAUGAGUAGCCAGUGGUCAAUAUAGAUCCAGCAUGCAGCAGAAUUUGGGCAAAUAGAACGGUCUUGUUAUAUUAAAGGUUUUUGAAAGCAUGGAAGGAGUCUUGAAGACAAACAGCAAAGUGGAGUGGAUGGUAUUUUCUUUAACAAUAACCACAUCAACCAAUCAGAACAGAUGUCAAAAGAGAUCAGAACAUGCUGUUACUGGCCUCCACCUUAAUGGAGAUAACAUAAGAGAUUUAUUGAGUGUUCCAAAAAUAACGUCCCGCUCUCUUAAAGGGAUAGUUCACCCAAAAAUGAAAAUUCUCUCAUCAUUUGCUCACCCUCAUCCCAUCCCACAUCAGGAUGAAUAAAUUAUGAGAAUUUUAAUUUUUUGGUGAACUAUCCCUUUAAAUAAAUAGUUCACCCAAAGAUGAAAAUUAUUUCAUUAUUUACUCACCCUGAUGUCAUUCCAAAACCAUAUGCUGUUCUUAUUUCUUUCUGAAAAACACUAUAGUAGACAUUUUAAAGAAUCUUUACACAGUUCUUCCCAUACAAGAACAAAUCUUAUUACAUGCCACUCUGGAAUACUCGAUUCUGAUUGGUCAAUUGCAGUAUCUAGCAGUCUGAUAUCUUCUGCUUCUCGGAUCACUGUGUAAUCUCUACAUGUAAGCUUAUAAAAUAAUGUAAAAACAAAUCAAUGUUUCAUGUCCAGUUAUUUAUUUAUUGGGCAAUUAGUCUUGUAAUAGACCGAAUAAUGAGGAAUCAGAUGGUAAUUUAAAAAAACAAAAUCACCAACAGAACUCUGACACAAACUGGAAAUGGAUUUCAGCUGUUAAAUGAUAUAUUUCUUCUCGCAUAAUUACAUAAUUUCAGCACAAAUCAAUAUUUUAUGUCCAUUUAUGCAGUAUAUUUAGCCGUGUAAUAAGUGGGAUAAUGUACAGUCAGCCGGUUGUUAUCGCAAAAUAAACGCCUUCAGUAUCAUGAUACAAGAUACCUGAUCACCCUGUCUGGCUUUAUUUUGCGUUAACAACGGGCUAACUGUACAUAAUACCUUACAAAGUGAGCAUGUCUGUUAAGCUCCAAAAAGGAAAGAAAAGAAGAAAAAAAAAGUCCAUAUGACUCUUUUAGUAACAGACUGAAAUUGAAGUUGUUAUUCACUGAUUAUCUUCACUUCUGCUAAAGCUUGAUUGUGUCAACGUCAUUAAAGCCAAAGUGGCAUUGGUUCUCAUGUGUUGUAACAGAAUCGUGAUUCAAAAGCAGGCUAGAUGCAAGCUUUGGCAGUGGUUGACAUUAUCAGUGAAUAACAUCCUCAUUUUUGGUCUAUUCUUCACAACAAGCUUUUGUAUGACUUCUGUAGACUUGGGAUAUAGUGCAUCGGUCAAAUUGACUACUUUUAUGGUCCUUUUUGGAGUGUGACAACCAUGGUCACUGUGAUCCGUCGUUGUAUGUCAGGAACGGCUGGGAAAUUUAUUAUUUUUUAUUUUUCAUUUGUGGGUGAACUAUUCUGUUUUCAAACAGGGGUAUUUACUGACAGUAUUUAUUUAUUUAUUUUUUACAAAAGGGAUCUAGUAUUCUCUUCCCAAAGUGAAGGACUUACAUUUCUAUGGGCAGAUUAACUCAUCCACUACAUAGAAAUGAAUGGACUUUCAGAUUAUCUCUCUCUGCACGCAAACCCUGCACCCCCCCAGCAAGCCCACCCCAUGGACUGUAUUCUGUGAAUAUAGACUCUGUCAGGGCCAGUUUGGCUCACUGUACACAUGAAUGCAUUCAGAAAUCAGAUAAACUGUAUAUGUAUAUGAAAUACAAGGAAUAUUUGCAUUGUAUGUAGUAGUGUUAGAUUGUAUAUAUGUAGAAGAAAUAUAUUAUGCUUUAAUGAAUGAGCCUUACAUUUCCUUUUAUAAUAAAAGACAAAAAUAA